AUGAAAGGAGAAAAACACCCCAUCAUCACUCAAAAUGAAGAAAAGAUCACGACGCAAGGCUGCGGCCAGCAGUACUCCGCCGACACCCUCGUGUCGCCGACGUCGACAUCGACGACAACAACAGAUAACCAAAUCGGGGAGAUCCUUGAACUGACCGCCGCAAACGCAAACAGGACUGCUGCUGCUGCUGCCAGCAACGACGUCGACGAUCUCGACGACAGGAUCCGUCUCACCUGGCGGUCGUGGAUCGUUGUGCUGGUCGCUGGUUUCGCGCUGCUGGCGCAGGUCUUCGUAGUGACGGCCGCCGGGUCGGUGAUAGCGUUCAUCGUGCGCGAUCUGGGCGAUGUGGCGGUUUCGGGAUGGGUGAUUCAAGGACCCCUCCUCAUGCAAUGCGUCCUGUCGCCCAUCAUCGGCCGGCUGAGCGAUGUCCUCGACAGAAAAUACCUAGCUGCCAUCCCGCCCUUGAUUGCGGCCGCGGGGGCCAUCACCUCCGCCAAAGCGUCGUCUAUGGCGAUGCUCAUCGGCGGAGGCAUCCUGAAUGGGUUUGCCCUGUCGACGAUCGCCAUCGCGCAGUCGAUCCCUAGCGAGGUGCUUCCGAUGAAGUAUCGCGCGUUGGCGAAUGGGAUUUCGUAUGUUUCCGGCGCGACGGGGACGAUAACCGGAGGGCUCCUCGCAGGCGGCCUCACAGGCACCGGCCGCGGUGGAUGGCGAUACCUCUUCUGGGUCGAGGCAGGCCUGCAUCUCACUGCGUCGCUGGGCCUGUUGCUGUUCUACCACCCGGGUCGAAAAUCAGACUACACGAAGAUGUCGUUCAGAGAAUACCUCUGGGCCUGCGACCCCAUCGGCUCGGCGAUCUUUGUUGCGGGUGCCACGCUGAUCCUCCUGGCGCUCAACUGGGCCGGCAAUACGUACGCCUGGUCUGACGCCCAUGUGGCGGCCCUGCUCAGCGUUGGCCUUGUGUUGUUCAUUCUGUUUGGCGUGUAUGAAUGGAAAGGCCGCAACGACGGCCUGGUGACUCACGUCCUCUUCCAGGGCUCCCCCAACUUUGCCCUCGCCAUCUUCGCCUUCGCCGUCGAGGGAUGGAUAUAUUUCAGCCCCAUCAACACCAUCGUCCAGCAGGUCAAUCUCCACCUGGGCUUUUCGAACAGCGCGUGGAUCAUCGCGCUGCGGCAGUUGUCGUGCACAAUCACAGCACCCGCGGUGUCGAUUCCCAUCACGUUAUAUGCCACCAAGUACAAGGAUCUGAAAUGGCCGCUUUUGAUCACUCUAUUCAUUUUUCUUGCUGGAACCAUCUGCUAUUCCUUCAUCACACCAGCAAUGAAAGACGCCCAGAUCGGCUUCAACAUCCUUCUCGGAGUGGGCAUCUCCGGCUCACUGGCCCUCAUCGUAGCCACGAUCCAAUUCACGGCGCCUCAUUCGCAUCUCUCCACCGCGACAGGGCUCGCCUUCUCCGGCCGCGCGAUUGGCGGCGCAUUCGGCUCUGCCGUUGAAAACGCCAUCAUCCAGGGGUCGCUAUACCCGCGGUGGACGCAGAAAGUCAGCCAGGCGGCCCUCGCGGCCGGCCUGCCAGCGAGCUCUGUUCCUUCCCUGCUGCAGGCGCUCCAGCAGGGCCAUGAAUCUGUCGUGGAUAAUGUGCCUGGCGCCAACGCGACGAUUGUCGCCAGCGCGCAGACGGCUAGUCAGGGGGCUUAUGCCCACGCUUAUCAUCGCGCUUGGGCCUGUCUCAUCCCGCUGGUCGUGGUCGCCAUGGCCGCUGUGGCCUGUCUGAAGGACGUCAAGCAUCUGAUGACGGAUAAGAUUGAAGCCACGGUUGAGAGAGGUCGAGCAGAGACAGACGCAGAUGAAAUCUAG